AUGAGACCGACGAAGACAUCCUCGCCUAUCCUCCCCAGCAUUGACGACUGUGAGUGGACCCCAAGUGUUCAGCACCUCUUCUGGCGCCACUACCUCCUCCAGAGCCCCAUGUACUUCAUACGGUGGAUAUACGUAGCACUCUAUUCUCUCUACCUUCUGUUUGUCAUGCGAGCGCCUACUGACAGAGACAUUGUUGGCUACAUAGAGAACACGACCAUGGCUAUGCUGAUCCGCCCUGCAACAGACGGCAAGUCGGGUGAAUAUGAAGUAACUGUUAAAUAUUGCAAGCUGCGUGCUUCCGGAGGAUACAGGCUGAAGAAUAUGUCACUGAGGUACAAGAAAAGCAAGAGUGAUGUCCGAGUUUUGUGUUUUACUCGCAACGGAGUUAAAAUAAACAACAGAUGUCAAAUCUUUUCCACAAUCUUCUUCUACCAUGGUCAUUCCCUGCACACCAAGUCGCACCUGUUCUCCAAUGGCUUGGUCCGACACAUCGUGGAUAACGAUAUAAAGACUCUCCGGGAGUCGACCUACACUUCCAUUCCGUUACAUUACGCGCUCCUCCAUUCGUCAGUGAGUGUGUUAGGUAACGUGUCCAGAUAUCUCGGCUAUGGAAGUGCCUGUAUCAGAGAGAGCGUCGUGGAGGAGAGUAGGAACAUGAGCGCUCUGUCGGGCCAUCAGGCCAUGGAACACUGGAACUUACACGGGAGGGACUCCUUUGCCGGCAGGCUUUUUAGGUCACGACAGGCGUUACAGAUCGUGAUGGAACGCCACAAGAUUGACCCAAAGUUGCUGGACCCUCUUUUUAACCACACCAUUGUGCACAGUCUGGACCAUGAUGCCAGCACUGGGUGGUUGAUGCUAAGGUUCUCUCUCCACCCAUGGGAUACCGAAUGCAGCAUGUACCAGGCCUUCAACACCAGCAUGUUCCGUAUCCUGAUCACCCUGCCUAACCUGAACCCGCUGGCACCGAACACCAUCCGUUCAAUCAACAAGCCGUUCUACCAGGACCUGUACCGGGAACUGCGGAAGAUCGACCCCAAGAUGGCGGAUGCAGUCACCGCUAGUGUCAUGUUCUAGAUGGUCGUAUAUACAGUACAGGCGUGACGCAUAUCUUGAUAGCCACGCCUAACGCAUUCUACUAUAGCAUGUGCCGUGGACUACAGGAGAUUAACCAACCAGAAGAGAGCGUCAUAUGCGAGAUAUAACAAAAGUUCGGAUUCAAAAUGUGUAACUGUUUGUGUUUGGUAUGUGUGAAACCCUUACCAAGCCAUAUUUGCUCUC